CCCAGACUUAGUAAAGAUCUUGAGGUCGGCUAUCAGUCUUAUUGUUUGUUUAAUUUUGUUUAGUCUAAUUUCGACAUUCUAGAAUCUAAGUUAGUUAUUUAGUGCCUACCAAGUUCUUACAACGGUCAUUUUUGGAAUGUUUUAGCUGCAUUUACAAUACUUCAAAACUAUCUUCCACAAGACGCAAGCAGUGCGAUUACAACUAUAUUAAAGUCUUAGUAGAUACAGCCAAUAUAGGUUUCAAAUGCUAGUUGAGAGUAAUAGAAGUAUAAUAACGAUUGUUUUAAAUAAGCUUGAUCCUCCAGCAUCUUUUAUCUACAUUUCCGAACGACACUGACAACGUCAAACAAAAUAUGACGAAUAGGAAAAUCACUUGUCAAAAUCAAAUGUCGUCAAAAGUUCGAAGGUUCGAUUCAUGAAUUGCAUUUAUUAAUUUGUAAUUAUUGGUCGUUUACUAACAAUUUAAAUAUAAAACGAACAAUAAUUUUGUUAAAAAAACAUUCUAGCUCAGUUCCAAUAUUGUUUGUUCAUAUUGUUUAUUUCAUUAUUUCACGAAACCUUACGUAGACAUACGCACGUAUUUAAAGUUGUGUAUUUUAUAUAUUGUUUUAUUAAUAAUUUUUGUAACAAGUUUUGUGUGGUAUAGUUUUUGUUGUGAUAAUACCUUUGUUUGUUGUUUUUAUAUUUUUUUAACAUUAACCAUGGUAGAAUUCGGAGGACUGAUAAUUUGUAUACCUCUUUACGCCGCUGGGAUACUACUCCUAGGUGCAUCUCUGUCGGCUGGCGUGUUUAUAUUCCACAUAGCUGUCGUGCCUUUAAUCUUCAAAUACUGCAAGGCCUUUAGAAGAAAUCUAGUCUUCGCUAAUUUUGUACAAUGGCCACUCCACAUGAACUACGAGGAGCCGUCGGCGUCCGGCAUCGAGGGCGCCAGAAACCUCAGCAUAGAGUACCAGUCUAAGGUCAACAAAUGCAAGAUUAGGAUCGGAAUAUGGCACAUCCUGCCGCGGUCGUCGUACGAGCGACUGAAGCACUCGUACGACAAAUACGACAAGGACGCCAUGGACAGAGUGCUGGGGGACGAACUGGCCAGCUCUAAGACUCCUGUUAUAUUGUACUGUCAUGGUAACUCGAACUCUCGCGCGGCGGUGCACAGAAUAAUGUUGUACAAGUUUUUCCAGAAGAUGGACUUUCAUACUAUCACAUUUGAUUACAGAGGUUACGGCGACUCGACAAACAUCCAGCCAUCGGAGGCGGGCGUGGUGGAAGAUGCACUGGUGGUGUACGACUGGCUUCACUCCACUCUUACACAUAAUAAAAAUGUCUUUGUCUGGGGACACUCUUUAGGCACAGCAAUCUCAUCUCACCUAGUAGGCAACUUACAGGAGUUGUCAGUCAGACUACUAGACCGACCCACUCCGUUACCCAUGCCCAAAGGACUGAUACUCGAAGCGCCUUUCAAUAACUUGGCUGAUGAAGUGGCGAAACAUCCACUGUCUAAGCUAGUAACAUGGCUUCCCUACUACGAAGCGACGUUCGUGGCGCCAUUCCGUGCUAACGACGAGCAGACCUUCAAGUCUGACGAACAUUUGUCCAAGGUCAAAUCUCUGCCGGUGCUCAUUCUGCACGCCAAGGACGAUAUUGUUGUGCCUUUCAUUGUGGGCGUUAGGUUAUACCGCUCCAUACAGCAGUCCCGUAGUUCAAAAGACGCGAGCAUCACUCUACACGCGUACGACAAGAGUCAGAACUUGGGACACAAGUGGAUAUGCAGGGCGUCUGACCUGCCGCAAGUUGUUGGGGACUUCGUGAAUAAUCUGUCAGAAAAAUAAAAACUAUCAACGAUCGUAAUAAUUGUUGUCUAUUGCCUUACAAUAAUAUAAUGACACUCGAUUUCAAUUAUUAUUGCCUUAUAUUAAAAUACAAUAAGUUCCUUCGAAGACUAUUUUGUACGCAAUUUUACCUCUUUUUGCAAGACUUACGGCCAGUUUCUUCAUCAAAAGUAAAAGUCAAAGUAAUGUCAAAAGUAAAAGUAACGGUCAAAUUCGUUUUUUCUAUUAGUUUUGCUGUUACUUUGGCCUUGAAAAAACGAAUUUGACCGUUACUUUUACUUUAGACAUUACUUUGACUUUUACUUUUGAUGAAGAAACUGGCUGUUAAAGAUGUAGGUAAGAUUUAGAAAUCGGGUAAAAUCGAGAGAGAAGAGUCGAUAUUACUCACGGAGAACAAAACGACUAUCGGAGAUGUCAUAACGCAAAAUCACCUAAGAAAGUAGCGCGACAACAUGCGGGUGUUCGGGGGACGAGGAACGUUACUAGCUCCGAACUUUUUAAAAUUAAAUCACCAAUUAAUCAAGACCAUUCUUUGACAGAUUGGUUUUGUUUUAACAAGGAACCCAAACGUCUCGAUAGUUCUAGUAACUGAUUACGCCUGCCUUGCUUGACCUACAAGAAGGCGCCUGACCUGCCUUCCUUAUGGGAUCUCCGCUAUCUUUCCUUCCUCCGUGAUAUUACUUAAUUAGUUAGGGCAAGUAAUUAAUAUCUACGUGUCCUAUUAGAUAGCUAAAUAUACAAUUAAAAUGGCUGAAAUUAUAUAUGGGAGCUUUAUUAUUAUUUAUUAAAAUGUCAUGUUUUUGCAAGUUAGUGCUGGUAAUGUAAAAAAAUAUUUGAAUCGCUACAAAAAUAAUGUUAUUCACAACUAAAUAACAUAUGAAAACCCCCCAAAAAUGGUUUACCACUUUCUAGUGUUGACAUAAAUAAGUUUUUUUUACAAAGAAUUAUCGGCCUUAAAACAUACUCAUAAGGUUUAGAAUCGCUUAGCAACGAUAAAACUGGCCUAAAGUUAAUAGUACUUAGAAAUAAAAUUCAUGACAAUAUAGGAUUAAAUAGUGCAUAAUAAUAUUUUCCUAUUGUAUGUGACCAAAGUAAUGUAUUAAAUAAAAGUAAAGAGUUUUUUUUCGUUUUUAACAUAUGAAACGGCUGGACCGAUUUGGAAAACUUUUCUAAUUUUCAUCCAAAUUGAGAACCUCUUUUUUGCAAAGUCGGUUAAAAUUGAUUAGUGAGAUUUUUUUUCAAUAAUAAUUUUGUCACAAAGGUAAUGUGGUAGUCAUCAUGUAAUGAUGAAUAUAAAAUAUUGAUUUUGUAUUGAAGUCAAAAUGGUUGUUUUAUUGUAUUACUGAAUUUGUCAGCGUUCUUUUGUAGGCAGUUUUAAUUGUUUUGUAAUUUAUUUAUUAAGUUAAAGUUCAAUAAAUGUUCUCAUUUAAAUAA